GCUACUACUAGGGUUGUACAAAAAUAAAUAAAUAUUUCUCCAUCAUGAUAACGAGGCUCAGAUUUUCUGCUGUGCAUCUGUACUGUGCAAGGUAUAAAAUCUUCUGAAAAAUUGUUUAUUUCUUUUUUACGUUUAUCAUCAGGUAAUUUUGCAGCUUUGGUACAAUAUACGUUUUACAUUUGACUGGGAUCCAGAAUACCCAAAACACUACAGUAGAAACAAUGCAGAGAUACUGUAUCAUUGUGCAUUUACCAGCUGGAGCAGCAGCUGACCUACGAGUCCUUUGUGGAGUGGACCCGCCGAGACAAAAUGACCCUGUAUAAGGUGGAUCUGAGACUUCCUCGAUUCAGGAUUGAGCAGAACUACGAGCUGAAUGAGGUCCUGAAGACCAUGGGCAUGGAGGACGCAUUUGACCACUGCAAAUGUGACUUCUCUGGAAUGUCACCUGCCAAAGACCUGAUGCUGUCCCAGGCCGUCCACAGAGCUGUUGUUGAUGUGAAUGAAGCAGGAACAGAGGCGGCUGCUGCUACAGUGGUGCAUAUGUUGUGCGGACGCACAUUAAUAUAUAUACCUCCUCCACGAGCCACUUUCAAUGCAGAUCACCCUUUCAUUUUCUUCAUCAAACACAUUCCCACUGACACAGUUCUGUUCGCUGGGAGAUUCUGCUCAAAACAAUAAUUCUGUGCAUUACAUUUAAAUGGACAUCUUCAGUGAAAAUGUAGUGGGGAAAUAAACACAAUGGUUUGUUUGUGUGGGUGUUUGUAUGAUUACACAUUUUAUUAUUAAGCUAAAAAUGUAAAAUUUCAUGACUGUACGUUUGUUAAAAACAAUGUUGUCAUAGCGA